AUGAAGUACUUGUUGCCCCUUCUGCAUGUCAUCGCUCUGUGCAUUUAUAAGAAGGAACAUGAGGGCGAGUGUUAUGAUUGUCUUGUGUGUGGUUCCCUUGCUGUAUGGAGCGGAGGGGAGCGUCUCAGAAGGGAAGAGCAAAAGACGACUCACUCGAGGAUAUUGUACCAGUUGACGAGACGAAAAAGGAGGGGAGGUGCUCGACGCAGACGCAACAAUCGUAGUGCAAAGCGGCGAAACAGAAGGCGUAAAAAACGGCUCGCUAGGCAGCGGAAGGCACAACGUAGGAAGGCAAGGAGAGAACAAAGGAAAAGAAAGAAGCAGAGGAAGAGAGCUGAGCGCAAAAGGAAAAGAAAGGAGAGAAAAAAAAGAAGGCAAGAAAGGAAGGAAAGGAAAAGACAAAAAAAAAGACAAAAGAAAGAAGAAAAGGAACGACAGAAGGAGAGAGAAGCGGGGGGACCAUCAAGUGACGACUUACAGACCAAUUCAAAUGGUCAUGAGGACGAUGGUGCGGAGGUACAAGCGGGGUCUCCUCCAGCUGAGGACAGUUACAAUGACGGGGCCAGUCCGUAUAAUGCGGCAGAAGAAGGCGCAUCUUCACCAGUGGCGAGUGGGGUAACACAGAUGGGAGGUCACCCACCUGAAAGGAGUGGAGGGCCGAUUGACUCAUAUGGGUCCUACGGUUCCUCACUGCAUGACGACAACAGGGACAUCUCCAGCCAUUCAACACACGGAGGCGCAGGGACAGCUGUAGAGGGAGUCAGCCCAUACGAAGCCGAGCUGGGGAAGAACGUGAAGGUGAUCCAUUUCGACCGACUAAAGAAGGAACCCAAGGGGGAGCUUAUAAAUAAAAUCAGAGGGAUCCUAAAUACACUGGAGUGA